UCCUCCUCCUCCCUGACUCCUCGCUGCUCGCUGCCCGUCUCACCACCUGUUAGUGCAGAGUCUCCGGCCACUUGUUUGUGCAGGAAUCUCCUCCACGCCCACCAUCAAAGCCUCUAUGACGGUGCAGAGAGGAAAGAAGCUGAGCAUCUCCAUCCAGGAACACAUGGCCAUAGACGUCUGCCCUGGUCCCAUCAGACCCAUCCGACAAAUCUCCGCCUACUUCCCCCGCCUGUCCCCCACCUCCCCCACCCCCACCUCCCCCAACCCCGCCCUGUCUCCCAACCCCUCCCCCGUGGCCCUCAGCCCCCCUGCGGCCGCCGCCGUGGGGGGGGCUCACCUGCUGUCGCCCCUGCGGGCGCACAGCAGGUGGGGCGGGGCCGGCUCCUCGUCUCAGAACAGCAGCAUGGACACGUCGGUGGAGAUCAACAGCGACGACAGUGACGACUGCACUGCUCUGGGAACGCUGGAGUUCGAGCUCAGAUACGACCAGAGCUGCAGCGAGCUGCACUGCACCAUGCUGCGGGCCAAGGGUCUGAAGCCGAUGGACUUCAACGGUUUAGCUGAUCCGUACGUCAAGCUGCACCUGCUGCCUGGAGCCAGUAAGGCCAACAAGCUGAAAACGAAGACGAUCCGGAACUCCCUGAAUCCGGUCUGGAACGAGACGCUGACCUACUUCGGGAUCACGGAGGAGGACAUGCACAGGAAGACGCUCAGGUUGACCGUCUGCGACGAGGACAAGCUGACCCAUAACGAGCUGAUCGGAGAGUCCCGGGUUCCUCUGAAACGUGUGAAGGCCAACCAGACCAAGCAUUUCCACACCUGCCUGGAGCAUCCGCCGCCGCUGCCGUCCCCCGGCGCCAUGGGGGAAGCCCUCAGAGGAAUAUCCUGCUACCUGAGAGAGUGGGAGAACGAGCAGCUGCACAGCCUGGAGGAGCGAGGUCGGCUGCUGCUCGCCCUCCAGUUCCGCCCCCCCGUCUGUCCGGACGACGCUGAGGCCGAUGGAGGAGGAGGAGGAGGAGGAGGAGGAGGAGGAGGAGGAGGAGGAGGAGGCAGGCGCAGCGGAGGUCUCUGCGUGGCUGUGAAGCGCUGCGCUCACCUGGCAGCCAUGGACGUCAACGGCUUCUCUGACCCCUACGUCAAAAUAUACCUGAAGCCCGACAUUCAGAAGAAGUCCAAGCACAAAACAGCAGUGAUGAAAAAGACCCUCAACCCUGAGUUUAACGAGGAGUUCUUCUAUGAGAUCUCGCUGUCGGAGCUGGCCAAGAAGACUCUGGAGGUGACCGUGUGGGACUACGAUCUGGGACGCUCCAAUGACUUCAUCGGUGGGGUCUGCCUGAGCUGCCGCUCCCAGGGAGACGCCCUCCGUCACUGGAUGGACUGCCUGAAGAACAAGGGCCGGUGGGUGGAGCGCUGGCACAUCCUGACCAACGAGCUGCCGCGGAGCUUCAGCCACGACUAGCGGCUCCUCCACAGGUGCAGACGCUGCUUCACGCAGAUCCUCUGCAUCCAUCAGGGGACAGAACCUUACCAGGACCGCGACGUCCUGCGGAGGGAAGCUGGUGCCUUCAUCACCGAUCCUCUGCUAAUGUUGCUGGCCCUUCGACAUCACCUGCUCUCUGCACUGAAAACCACAGGGACCUCCGAGGAGAGCCGUUCUUCACGUUCCACCUCAGUUCUGUACAUUUUCAAAGGAAAACCACGUCCAGCAUGUUUACAAGAGCCGCAGCAGACAGAGUCGUCUGGACAAUCUGAUUUAUGUUUUCUGCACUUAAAACCUGACUGUGUGACUUUUCUGCAAACACAACCAGCCUCUGCAUGAAGCCAGUCCUUAGAAUUCAUUAUUAUUGGUAACAUUUAGAAAGCUCUGCAUCACGGAGCCUCUGAAGAGCCGGAGCAGCAGAUUAGUUUGGUUUGAAAAAAGCUCAUCAGUUCAAAAAGACGCCUUCAGCUCGGUGGCUUUGGUUACAGCCACUGCCUCCAUGUCCGACGCGUCCAUCGCUGGGUUUAGACCCAAGGUGGCAAGGUACCAAGAUUAGAUUCACUAAUAAUCAUGAAAGUUAAUCACUGAUUAAAUUCAUUUAAAAAACCAAGAUGUCGUCAGUUAAGCUCAGAAAUCUGCUGACUCUUCAGAGGCUCUCCUGAAGCAAAAGGCCCGGGUCCACCAGCUCAGCCUGACCGCUCCACUCCGCCCGCUUUCAGUGUUUCAGGUUCUUCCGGUUCCUCUGGUUCCUCCGGUUCUGCUCUCCAGCCGGGCCAAACCGAGCUGCCCAGAGUGGAGUUUGGACGAGAACUCACUGCUAUUUGGUGAUUGGCUGCGGGGCGAGGAGAAAUUAGAAGGUUUUCCUCAGAGAAAGUCCAGAAAAACCGAGGAGUGAAAUAUGAUUUUAUUAUUUACAAACCAUGAACCACGGCUGGCGGGAGAGAAAAGGAUCCGAUCAGCUUCCUGUAAGCAGGCGCGCUGCAUCAGAUCUGUAGAUUCACCGAGGCGUUCUCUCCUUUUACUCACUCUGUCUCUCUGGUGUCCAUCCAUCACCGCCUGCAGCCGGGGAGUCAAACCCAGACAAAUAGUUUCACUGCGGUUAAAAACUAUUUUACUAAGGUGUUCUCCUCGCUCCUGCCAUGGCUGAGGCAAAAAUUCUCAUUAAGCUGUAAAUUAUAACUCCUGAAAUCAGCAGCAGGGAUUAACGAGCUCAUGGUGGAAGGUCGCCGCUAAACGGCUCUUCUUCAUUCUAUCAUUAGAUGUGUGAUCCACAAAUUUACAGCUGGAUUACUCCUUAAAAAUAUCCAAGACAAUCUUUCACAUACAGUUAUAGAAGCAUUGUUUGUAUUAUUUAUUUUGUUCUUUUAUUUAUGAUGAUUUAUUUUUUCAUCGUUUAGCAUUUCUCGCAGAUUUCUUUAGUGUCGAUGUUGCAAACAGGGCGUGGAGCUGAAGCCACCCCCACACUGCAAAAAGGAACUAAAAGUAAGUUACAUUUUCUUCAAAUGAGUGUAUUUGUCAUCAUAUUGA